AUGGCAUUGGAACAGCCCGCGUCUACCGUAACUCAGGAUUGCAAAUUGGAGGAGCACACAGGUCACCACGAACAGCAGCAGCAGCAGCAGCGACAGCCGUCCCCCUUUGUCCAUCGAGCGUUUGAGGAGCACGCCGACACCCAAACCAGGUCUCUCGGUAUGGAGUUGCCUCAAGUCCGCAAGCACACGCGCAGCAACGCAGGCUCGCCGGCUUCGUCUACGGCAUCGCCAUCAUCGCUCGCUCUUCACGCCUCCCUUCCACCCAAGGUGAGUACGAUCAGCGGCUUCGAUCUGCGUUACUGCUUGGUGGUGACCUCUACCUCCCCGCAGCCUGCGUCACCUAAACCUGCUCUCAUGAAGCUUCAAUCGCCCUCAUCGGACAGCCUUCGCGGUCAGCUUGGCAGCGACACCAAUGUCAGAGACGGCACGCCGCCUCCGAAGAGCAUUCCGAUCAUCCGCCGAGCACCGCUCUCCUUCUUCCCUCCUGCAAAGACUCCGACCCUGGUCACCCCUGUCAUGUCGGCGCCCUCGCUCGAUGCUCGCCCACUCAACGCAGCCAACCACGACACCUCGACGCUGUUGGCCGCCUCGCAAAGCUUCUCGGGCAGCUCGGCCGCCUCUCCACCUCUAACGCGGCAGCUGCUUGGUAGCCAAGCUUCUAUGUAUGCACCUCGAGCUGGUGGGCCGCUACACUUCGGCGCGACUUUGUCUACGCCUCCUGUCUCCAUGGCAGGGCCCCAGUCGCCGCCCUAUGUCUUCGGUCCGCAGGCGAGCUCGAUGCCAUUCACCUCGCCCAUCCCUGCAGCAGCCCCUCUGCAACCAAUGUCAACACCGUCGCCUCAUCAGAUCGUGACGGCACAGCAGCAAGCUGCCCUGUCCACGGCAAUGCAUCUCGCCAGCUUCGGCGUCGGCUUCGGACCUGGCGUCAAUCCAGAUGCGGCUCCCAUUCUCAGCUCUUCGGCAGGCGACGGCCUCAGCAGCACCAGCGGCAACGGCAGUCGCAGUGGUGGCCCGACCAAUGUGCCACCCAUCAUCAAUACGGGCAAUCUAGGCCCCAUGUGCGUCCAGCCCGGCGAUUGGGUUUGCUCGGUCUGCUCGUUUGUCAAUUGGCGACGUCGAAAGGUCUGCAUGCGCUGCUAUCCCUUCGCAGAAGGUAAUGAGGUUGCCGCCUCCUUAGCAUCGGGCGCUGCUCUGGCCGCUCAACUCGCUGCAGGCAUUCCGGCCAAUCCUUCUCAGAUUGAUCAGCUGGCUAAGCCUACGUCGCGCAACAGAGGCGACCUCACUCCGAGCAGUAGUAGCGCUUUUGCUCCAACGAACAGGGGAGAGCCUCUGCACUCAUCGCCGUCAGCAACAUCGGGCAGUAACGCAGGUCAAUCUUCGAGCUUCAACAGCGGGUCUGGCCUGGACGCUAUGCACGAGGAGCGAAGCUAUCGACUUGAUAGCUCCCCGCGAAGCGGCAAGUACUCCCAACCACUAGUCACAGUCGGCUCGCCACCCUCUUCGUCGUCCAUGACCGCCAUUGAAGUGGCUCGAGAGGCCCUGCCUCGUCGUGCUGCUGCCAGAUCGGACUCUGUUGGCACGCCUGGCCUCGACUCACUCCUGUCAACGGCACUGCGACUCUCGGAGAGCAAGAGCGGCAUGCUAGCAGCGCCUUCUAGGGUAGCGGUUGAUGCACGUAGCAGCAGCGGCAGCUCACUCCAGAUUUCCAGCUCUGGUGGCUUGCUAACACCUUCAGCGCUCGGCUUAGGACAAAUGCCCUCCAGCAGUGGCAUUGACCCCGGUCGCUCGCUACCUGCAAGCCCGUUCGGUGGCUACGUCCCUGGGCAGACACGCAGCAACGGCAGUGGGACUGACUCAGCCUACCUUACCGACGGGUUGAGCCCCCUGCCCCACAAAAGCAGCAGCCCCUUUUCUAGCCCUCGCCCCUCACUCGAGCAUCGCGACCGAGUCCACGAUCAAGACUUUGAUAGCAGCCCACCCACUGCGUCCUCCUCGACUACAACGCUCAUGUCACCAAGCAUGUCCCUGUCCCCGCCCACGUCGAACAGUAUCAGCAACACGAGCUGCAGCAGCCUCAGCACGUCGGCAACCUCGCCAGCUGUCAGCAUUGGCCCUACUAACCUCUCAAACUCUCCCGUGCGCUCGGGCUGCUUCCCUGGCGGGGGUAGUCUGGGCUCUCAUAAUCCGUACUUCUGUGAGACGCACGUUCGGGGCUCGAUCGGGAGCUUGCGCACGGGCGCUGCUCAGCUUGGGCUGAGCGAGAUGAGCAGUGGCGGGCCGGACAGCAACUUCAGCACCAACGAGGACAUAGCAGAGCACAACAGCAUGGGCAACGUCAACGACGGCAUGCUUGGGCUGCGCAUGGGCAGCAUCGGGAGCGGCGGACUACCAGCAGGAGGGGCUCGCGCCCAGGGUAGUCCGGGCUUCGGCUUGCGCACGCGGUCAUUGAGGGCUUCGAGGCCUCUGCCACCGCCUCGUCCCUCGACGGGCAACGCAAGGGACAUCUGGCUCGACGACGGCAUGGUUACCUCAGCCAGUCGCAGCCGUACACUUCCUGCGUCGGCACUUGCUGCUGGACUGAGGCAAGUAGCCGAAUCAAGCAGCAACACUGCCAGUCAGAUUGGAAGCAACUCCUCCCACUCUACUCAGCUCAGCAGCGUAGAGCAGCGAUUCUUCCCUCCUGGCGGCGGCCCCACGCUGCGUCGCUCCCGCGCUUUCUACGGUCGUCUGCCCGGGGCAGGGGAGAUCGGCUUGGCCAAGCAGGUCCACGCAGAGCACGAGGAAGACCACCUCAUCUCACCGAAUGAUCUUGAUCGCCCGAGACCGGACCCUAUUGGAACGAGGUCGUCGCCGACGAAGAGGACCGUUGAGUUGAGCGCUGCAGCUACGGCUGGGCCUCAGCCAUGAGUCGGCUAUCAAACACGCGACCGCCAUGAUGAUGAUUCCCACCGAGUUCCCACUCCAUCCACACCACGAGCGGACAUCCGAGGAGGAAGCAGCAGGCUCGCUCACUGGGAGUGGCCGGCGUUUACCCUCUCUUGUUGUCCGAUUCCUCUCUUCUCUGUCCGUCUGUAUCACCAAUCUCCUGGCUUGGCCUCUCCUGUCGCUUCAUACCACCUCUCUCAUUCAUUGUCUCAGUCUUUCGCACGAAGCGAUGCGCCUGUCGCCCGCUUCCACUGCGAACGCACGUCGCUUCGGGCUUGACUCUUGUCUUCACAUCCUAAUCGUACUUCAAUAUCAUCAGAUCCUCAUCCGUCCUCUGAGGUUGUUCUUGUGUCUUAAUGUGCCCUCUCUGGAAGGCGAGAUGGGUCGUGCUAGCGGAUGAAAGGGUGGUAUUCAUCUACGAUUGCUUGGCCUCAAUUUCGCUCAAUCACUC